CUAAACAGUGGUUAUUAAGAAUGAGAAAACUACUAACAUGGCAGCCAAUGUGACUGGUCAAUGGGAGUUGUAGUAUUUUGGUAUGAAGCCAGUCAACGGGGCGCCCUGAAGACAACUUUGGAAGAGUUUGGCUUCAAAGUAGGAGACAGAGAUCAGGGCAGGUAGGUGACAUGGAUUUGCACCUGUCAAAGAUGAACUGAAGUGGUAGAAACAUCCCCAGAAGCGCCGCUUUUAGUGCAACUAUGGCCUCAGCGUCAUCGAGCCCAGGCGGCGCUUCAUCGGGCUCGCAGGUUCACGCUGCAGCUGUCAAUGGCGACAGGAACGUGCUUCUCAAACUCAUUACAGCCGAGCCUGCCGUGAGGGACCGUGAGGACCAGUUUGGGCGGACUCCCCUCAUGUAUUGCGUGCUGGCUGAUCGCCUGGACUGUGCAGAGAUUCUGCUGAAGGCUGGCGCCUCAGUCAACAAGACUGACCACAGCCAGCGCACGGCUCUGCACCUCGCUGCACAGAAGGGAAACAUCCGUUUCCUAAAGCUGCUGCUUUCCCGUCACGCAAACUGGCUGCAGAAAGAUUUGGAGGAGAUGACCCCACUCCACCUCGCCACACGACACCCUUCUCCGAAAGCUCUUGCCCUGCUGCUCAAACACAUCGGACCCGGAGAGGUUGACACGCAGGACAAGAACAAGCAAACUGCCCUGCAUUGGUCGGCGUUUUAUAACAGACCGGAACAUGUUCGCCUCCUCAUCAAGCACGACUCCAAUAUAGGUAUUCCCGACAGCGAGGGCAAAAUCCCCUUGCAUUGGGCCGCGCACAGUCAAGAGGCCAGCGCCACGCAAACAGUCCGCUGUAUACUGGAAGCUGCCCCCACCGAGUCCUUGCUUAACUGGCAGGACUAUGAAGGUCGGACACCCCUGCACUUCGCCGUCGCCGAUGGCAACAAAGCAGUCGUGGAGGUGCUGACGUCCUACGAGGGCUGUAACGUGACGGCAUACGACAACCUCUUCAGAACGCCAAUGCACUGGGCCGCCCUUCUCGGCCAUGCCAGAAUUGUCCACCUACUGCUGGAAAGGAACACGUCAGGCACCAUUCCCUCAGACAGCCAAGGAGCGACACCCUUGCACUACGGUGCUCAGAGCAACAACGCUGAGACAGUAGGUGUGUUUCUCUCGCACCCAUCAGUGAAGGAUGAGCCCGAUCUGGAGGGCAGGACAGCGUUCAUGUGGGCCGCCGGGAAGGGCAGCGAUGAUGUCAUCCGCACCAUGCUGGCUCUCACGCCUCACGUUGACAUCAACAUGGCCGACAAGUACGGCGGCACCGCGCUGCACGCAGCCUCCCUGUCAGGCCACAUGAGCACGGUCCAGCUACUGUUGGAGAGAGGAGCCAUGGUGGACUCUCUGGAUGUGAUGAAACAAACGCCGCUGUUCCGCGCUUGCGAGAUGGGACACAGGGACGUCAUCCUCCCGCUCAUCAAAGGCUCCGCACGUGUGGACCUGGUGGACAUGGACGGUCACACAGCGCUGCACUGGGCCGCUCUCGGAGGGAAUGCUGAAGUCUGCCAGAUACUGAUGGAGAACGGGAUUAGUCCGAAUGUACAGGACCAAGCAGGGCGGACUCCUCUGCAGUGUGCAGCUUAUGGCGGCUACAUCACCUGUAUGGCUGUUCUCAUGGAGAACCACGCUGAUCCAAACAUACAAGACAAGGAGGGUCGCACUGCUCUGCACUGGUCCUGCAACAAUGGCUACCUGGAUGCGGUAAAGAUGCUGUUGGGCUACAACACCUUCCCUAAUCACCUGGAGCACACGGAGGAGAGGUACACGCCUCUGGACUACGCUCUACUGGGGGGCCAUAGCGAGGUGACCCAAUUCAUGUUGGAGCACGGCGCUCUGUCCAUCGCUGCCAUACAAGAUAUCGCCGCCGCCUCCAUCCAGGCCGUGUACAAGGGCUACACAGUCCGCAAAGCCUUCAGGGAGAGAAAGCAACUUCUCAUGAGGCACGAGCAACUACGUAAAGACGCAGCCAAAAAGCGAGAGGAGGAACUGCGGAGGAGAGAAGCCGAGUUGCAAAGCUCUCAAACCACGACGGACGACCAUAAAUUGUCAUUGGAGACAACAGAGCUGAAGAAUCUCUCCUUUGAGAACCUGAUGGCGAAUUUAUCGGUAAUCGACUCACCGGUGGCAACAUCAAAACCGGCCAAACCUGAACGGAAGAAGAGCAAAGAGGAGAGACACAAAGGCCACAGAAGCAGGUCCUUUAGGAGGAAAGCAGCCGAUCCAGCAGACACUCAAAGUCACAUGACCUGCGACACGACAACACCAGCAGCAUCCAGACCCUCCUUGGCUAAAGUCCGAGAACUAAGACCUUCCUCUAGCACGCCUUCCAUGAGCGCCAUUUCAAGGGAGAGCGUCUCUACCAAAAAGGCGGAUCCCCCGAAGCACAGACACCAUAAGCACGCUCGAGAAAAAAACAAAGAUGUCACUACAGAAAAAGCUCACUACGCUACGCACGCGGCAAGGGGACAAGAUAAGGAGGGGUGCAGGAGGAGACACGAGGCGGCAAGGGUCAUCCAGCGAGCGUGGCGAAGGACGCUCGCACGCAGACGCACAGAACGAGUCAAGGCCCGCAAAGAGGGCCUUCAUCUCACCAGGAAGAAGAAGACUGAGAUGCGAGCUUCGUCUGCUAAACCUGUGCCGAGUAAAACCUCGCCGCUGCAAAACAUUUAUGGAAACUCCAUGUCCAUGUGGGGUCGUUCUCUUGGAGGGUCUCAGCUGCAUCUGGACCUGCCUCUACAUACUCUGGGCCUAUUGAGCGGUUUGGACCACGUGCAUCUGACUGAAGCAGUGAAUCAAGCCAGGCAGUUUUCCUACCACCUGAGGCCUCAUAGCGCUGGACAAGGGGGCCGGGGCCAUCGUGGAAAACAUUGACGCACGCACGCACACACACUCUAAAGUUUUGCAUGUUUUCUCAGCUGGCUAAAAAAGCCUUCACAUUACAGUGGACAUUGUUUGCUGGAAGCGUGCUCCUUUCUAAAAUUAAGCAGCGUGACGUGAGAAAGGUGACAUCAUUGGGCGUGGGUUACAUGUGCAGAAAGGCACAUGUAAAAAGAUAACCUUUCUUCCAUUGUGAGACAAACACAUAGACAACUCCUCGUUUGGCGCGCUUGCUCACAAACUGAGAUAACCUUUCCUCUGGUUCUGCAGAAUGAGGUGCUCUAUCAACAGCCGCUCAUACAGACAGCCCACCUGCAGACACACACACACACACCACAAAAUGCAUUCCUUUUCAUGGCUUUUGUGAACUGUGCUGUUAAAACACACGAGUUACACUUCAAUGUAAUAGUUAUUGUUAUUCUUUACUUCCAUCCAUUUUCUACCGCUUGUCCCUAUAAACUGUUACUAAGAAAAAAAUGGACUCAAACAUCAGCUGCAUUGUUUUUGGAUUUCUGUCCUUGUUUUAUUAACCAAGAAAAAAUAAUGUCCACAUUUCAAAGCAUGUUGAAAGAUCCAAAAAUUUUUAUUUUUGCAACAAUUAAAAAAAAAACUGCUCCCA